AUGAUUUCCGCGUUGGACUCUAGCUAUUUGCCGCCGAUCGACACGGAUGCGUCUCCGGAUAUCCAACUUCGAGCCAUCGGACGUCGUAAGGAAGCCAUCACUAUGGCAAGGAAUGGAGUCGAGAAGGCCUCGGGAACUCUUAGAUCGCGUUAUCAAGCCUUGUUGUUGUUUGUUCGUACUCAGGAUCAGGAGGAAGUCGUCCGCGAUGCCGAUCAAUUUUGGAUCGACCAGCAAGGAGACCAACUCCUUGAUCAAGCUCAGGAUACCAUCAUGGAACUUGACGCUCAGCUCAUCGCGGCCCUUAACACUCAGACUUCUCUCCUGUCACAACUUCAGAAGGACUCGACUACAGCUAUAAGUUCCUUGGCUGUAACGGAUUCACCACGUUCCGUCAGCGAAGUACCAUCCCAAGGAAAUCAGGAUUCUCCUACUCAGACGAGCCCCCUAACUCCAUCACAGGGGAUCGUUCCUCAGCUGUCGCAGCCGAUUCAACUUCGACGUGUUGAGUUACCCACCUUCGACGGAGAUAUCACUCAGUACCACGACUUCUGGAGUAGGUUCCGUACGGCAGUUCACGAUAACGACGCCUUUUCGCCAGUCACCAAGUUCAUCUACUUGACGAACUCGCUUAAAGGAAGAAGUGCUGCGUUGAUGAUCCAAGGCUACGAUCCAUCUCAGCCGGAUAAUUAUCGCCUAGCCAUUGAAGCUCUUCGUAGGAGAUACGAUCGUCCUCAGUAUACUCACCAUCUAUUCCAUCAUAAGUUGGAGCAGCUUCAACCGUCGUCGUCGUCAGCUACAAGUCAGCGAGAUACCCUAUGCCAGAUUCAGUCGUUCAUCCUCCAACUCAAUCGAUAUGAGGAUACAUCUACGUCGUUAGCUCUCAUGAAGUUGAUUCGUAAGAAGUUUCCGAAGGAGACUCAACUAGAAGUGAACAAGUUGGAACAUCGAUCGAAUAAGACAUGGACCCUACCGGAACUUCUGGACGGAUUAAACGAAGUCAUUGAGGAAUACGAGAAGUUGGACGACUACCUUCCAACUAAGUCUGCUUCGGAGUUUAACAUCGCUCCUGUUUCCACUCCCCGCUCCAGGUCUCCAACACCGGAGCCACGUUACGAUCCAAGGACGUGUUGCUUCUGUUACUCACCUAACCAUCGUUCCACUCGCUGCCAUCAUUACAUGCCUGUAGCAAGUCGUCGUAUUAUCGCUAACGUCUUUCGUCUUUGUUGGAAAUGUCUUCGUCACGGACAUACCAGCUCCUUCUGUGACUACCCUAAUUGCCCCUCUUGCAGAGGCAAUCACCAUCAUAUGCUCUGCUCACGUUCAGCCCGACGACAUUACCGAUCAUCCUCGCCAGGGAGUCGUUACCAUUCCCAUCGAUCGCGCUCUGUCUCAAGAAGUUCGUCACGUAGCCACGAAAGAAGUCCAUCUUAUGAUAGGAGAUACUCACGAUCACUGUCUCGUUCCAGUUCCUACUCGCCCAGACGAUCCUAUGAUAGAAGUCCAUCUCCGCGUCAUAGAGGAUCUUAUAGGAGGGAACGUACACAACACCAUACGGUUCGCUUCAGAUCUCCAGUACGUGAUACCAUCCCUUCUCGCGAGAACAGUGCUGAAAGAGAACGACAUCAGGGUCGAGAUUCGCCGGUCUACGUUGCAGCCAACUCAGACGAAGAAUACGACGAUCUCAUUCGACAUCUCAAGGAUCCGUCCGACACGCAAGUCUGCACCACUUUGGACCAUUCCACCUCGUCCAGUCUCAUGACAGUGGAAGCACUAGCUGUCGACCAUCAGUCCAAGACUCCAACUCCAGUGAUUCUUCUGUUGGACACA